AUGCUAUUUCAAAGAAAAUUUUUGUGGGUAUUUUUUUUUUUCGGUUUUGCAAUAGCCUAUUUUCGAAUUUUUGAUAAUUUUUUUCAAAAAGAUGAAAAAAAAAAUAAUCAAGGAUUUCAUCCUGAUUGGCUUAGAGAAAAAUUUCAAAGCAUAUCUUGUUUGGAUCAUGAAUAUCUUUGUAGCGAUACGCUACAGUGUGUUAAUAGACCUGAAAACUGUCCCUGUCCAUUUCCUACUUCACAAAGACGGUGUCCUUUGGGAAACAGCAACUAUGUGUGUGUGUCAAUGUUAGAGGACCAGGAUCCAUGCCAAAUUGUUGAACAGUAUCGUUUAGGACGUGUUUUAUAA